AUGUUGCAGUUUUGGCUUAUGAAACUUUUCUUCUCGUACGUUUCUCUAAGUACAUACCAGAAAAUUAAAGAUCCUAACCUAACGUUCCUUUAAUUCUUCUUUCUUUUUGUGUUGUAUCUUUAUCAUCUACAAAGCCUUCCAGCAAAGCUUGGCCACAGAUUCUUCAAGUUUAUAUUAUUCUCUAUAUAUAUCUCUCUAGUAUUCUCUCAUCUCAUGCAUAUCCCUUCCUUGCAUAGUAAAAUUUAAGUUCUUGAUAGAUUUUGCCUAUACUAUCCUUGCUUCCUUAAAGAAUUUGCUUACCACCCUCAUGAGAAUUCCUUUAAUUUAUAUGGAGAUAUAGAUAUUUGAGUCUUUUCAGAAACACAUAUUGGCAUUUUCCCCCACCAAAAUCGUAUUCUCUUGUCAAUUCCAAGUCUCUCUCUUUCUUUUCCAAUUAACUUUUUGUUUUCUUGGUUUUUUUCUUGGUUUUCUUUUGGGUUUCUGUUUCACUUCCUAAAGGUUUCCAAGAACUACAACUUCCCACGUGCGGUUGUGGAAAUGGCAUGGAUCAUGCUCAUGAUUGACUACUCAAGACUCGUUUGGCUCCUCUUUGGUGUCUUCUUUUAUGAAAAUCAUGAGGGAACGCCUCGGAUUUAGAGCUCUCCGUCUCUUUUUAACUCGUAUAUAUAUCAUAUGCAUAUAAGUACUCUCUCUCUCUCUCUCUCUCUAUAACUUGUACUUAUCUACCAUCACAGAAAGUAGAGUUCAAAAUUUCUCAAGAUUUUUCAAAAUAAAGCUUUUCACGGAAGCUUUCCCAUAUAAAAAACAUGUACAAAAAUCAAGUUGGGUUACAGGAAACAGAUGCCGACCAUGGCUAUGUUGAAACCGAUCCUACGGGCCGGUAUGGUCGGUUUGAACAAAUUCUUGGAAAAGGAGCAAUGAAAACAGUAUACAAGGCAAUUGAUGAAGUCCUAGGAAUGGAGGUGGCAUGGAACCAGGUAAAACUCAAUGAGUUGCUUCGCUCGCCUGAGAACUUGCAGAGGCUAUACUCUGAGGUUCACCUUCUCAGCACCCUCAACCAUGACUCUAUAAUCCAAUUCUACACCUCUUGGAUUGAUGUUCAUCUAAAGACCUUCAACUUCAUCACUGAAAUGUUUACUUCUGGAACUCUAAGAGAAUACCGGAAAAAAUAUAAGCGAGUUGACAUUCGAGCCAUUAAGAACUGGGCUUGUCAAAUCUUACAAGGUCUUGUGUAUCUACAUGGCCAUGAUCCUCCAGUAAUUCAUAGAGACCUGAAAUGUGACAACAUCUUUGUCAAUGGCCAUCUUGGACAGGUCAAGAUUGGUGAUCUAGGCCUUGCAGCAAUCCUCCGGGGUUCUCAAUCAGCACAUAGUGUCAUAGGCACUCCGGAAUUCAUGGCACCAGAAUUAUACGAAGAGAAUUACAAUGAGCUUGUUGAUGUUUACUCAUUUGGCAUGUGUGUUUUAGAGAUGCUUACAUCUGAAUAUCCAUAUAGUGAAUGUGUUAACCCAGCACAAAUUUACAAGAAAGUGACUUCGGGGAAGCUUCCUGCUGCAUUCUAUCGGAUUCAGGACUUGGAAGCACAGCAAUUCAUUGGAAAAUGCUUAGUAACUGCAUCAAAGAGGUUAUCAGCAAAAGAACUACUGCUUGAUCCAUUUCUUGUAUCUGAUGAAGCUGAUCCAUCACCUGUUACGAGGUCUGGAAAUCAGAAGCCAUUUUUGAAUUGUAGGGAAAUGGAGAAGCUACAAUUGAGAGGGGAUCCACCAAGGACAGACAUGACUAUCACGGGGAAGCUCAACCCUGAAGAUGAUACCAUCUUUCUUAAAGUACAAAUUGCUAAUAAAGAUGGUACUCUAAGGAAUAUAUAUUUUCCUUUUGACAUUUUACAUGAUACACCAAUGGAUGUUGCAAUGGAGAUGGUCAAGGAGCUGGACAUAGAUGAUUGGGAGCCUCUUGAAAUUGCUGAAAUGAUUGAUGGGGAGAUUUCAUCUCUAGUGCCAAAUUGGAAGAAAUGGGAUUUGCCUCAAAUUGAAGAGUAUCAUACAUUCAACUACCAAGAAGAUGAUGGGAAUAAUCAUCCUUUCGAUUCUUCCUCCACUUGUUCAUCAUCUCAAGCAUCCAUAUCGAGAUUAAUGACACAUUCUCUCCAAGAUGAUUUGCUAGAUGAUGCCAGUUCUCAGAGCUCUUCACACUCAGGAUCAUACUCCAUCAUGAAUUACAUUUCUGGUGAUGAUCACAAAUUUGAUAUGAGCACAGCCAGAAGAGAUAAUAAACAUCCCAUAAGGACUCAGAAUGCGACAAGAUUUUGUCCUCAAGACAAUUCAAGCUCUGACAUUGGGCAAACAAUUGCUAAAGAUGCCUACAAACACUGCAAGCUUUUGCUGGAGUCACAGUAUGGAGCUUCUAGCUCUAAACACAAAAGGUUGAUGGACAACCGUAGAUUGACGAGGAACCAUUCACUCGUAGAUAUUCGUAGCCAGUUACUUCACCGGUCAUUGGUGGAAGAAGUGAACAAGAGACGGUUGUUCAAGACUGUAGGAUCCGUCGAAAAUGUUGGUUUCCAGGCACCUCCUGAGGAUUCUAAAAAAGUGGCAAAGUGGCACAGCAGAAUUCACGCAGAAGAAAAAUGAGAAUGAGCUCUUGUGGAUAACAGAAGUGAAUAGAAAAAGUAAAUGAUGACUUGGCCUCGAAACAGACAUAAAAGGAAAAUGCUUGAACUACAAGCUGUGGAUACUUCUGAAAAUGAGGAGGGAUAUAAGGUCAUCCAUAUCAUAUAAUAUCAAGAAUACAAUUAGGAGACAGGUAGAGUUUCAUGCUGUCCAGUGUAAAUAUUCAUUUCUUAUGUGAAGUGUGCUGUGUAUGACUAGCCUCUUUAGAAUAAUAAUGUUUAUGUUAGUAAUAAAAAAAAUAAAUAAAGGAAUGAACUUUAAAUCUUGUCACCAGUUUGGGUGUGAAAUUGUAUGAAUCAGUUGACAAGCAUAUUCAUCUGCAUAAUAUAUCUGGGUUUAAGGUGUAACAUUGAAAGUGCAAAUGAAUUAUAAUUGUAUUUUCCUAUAA